CCUUCGGACACACCAGGAGUCCCACAACCACCACAAACACUCGGAGCAGAGUCUCUUGCAUCGUGAGGAGAGUCUGCAAAAUGAUCAGCUCACAGCAUCUCCUGCCUUUGGUUCUCCCCUUCUCUUUGGUUCAUGGAAAGUCUACACGGCACCAGAGAUCAGCUGCAACAGAACAGAGAUCUUUGUUCUCAACAGGACCAGAAUUCACUCGUUUGGUCUGUUCAGGUGAGCGUUCACAUCUGCAGAACCAGGAGGACCAUCCGAAGAACCAGUUCUGGUGAGCAUUAAAUUAGGACCAGAACCACACUUCAACAGGAUGUUCCAAAGCUUUGAAGUUUUUCCAUCUGUCUGUCACAGACUGGCUGCUGCGCUCUUUUGUUGUUGACUCCGUUUCGGAUUGGCUUUUAUUGUCAGGUUCAGGGUGAAAGUGUUAUAAAGGUCCUGUUAAUCCUAAACAAGGCCACAUCAUAGUCCCUCCCCCUCCUUACUUUACAAUAAAAAGAAUGGUUCUCCUGUGGUUGGUUUCUUGGAAAAACAGAAUAACUGGUGACAGGUUAAAGCUGUUUCAGAGGAUAAAGAUCAGUGGGAGGAGGCUCCUCUUGAUGUCAGGCAUGAACAUUUUUCCUUAAUUGCUAUAUUUUUAGAAGGAAUGUAAGAAAAUUGUAGGAGCUCUGGUUAUAGUCAUUUAUUAACCUGAUUAGAAGAUGUUUUUUUUUUUUGCUCAAAUAAAGACAAUACAUGUCACUGUAUUAAAAAAUGUUGUAGAGGAGUUGCUUUUGCAAAGGGAAACUUGAGCUGAUCCAGCUGAUGUAUCCAUUUACUGUUGCAUGACUUUUUAAAAAGAAUUUAAUAAUGCAAUGAUGGUGCAUUGACAUGAUGGUGCAAUACUAAAAAUGCACAUUCAUGGUAGAUAGAAAAAAAGUGUCCUCCAGUCUGAACGGAAACUAAAGGGUUGGUGGCCAUGAAUAGAAGGGUGAACUCCUGCCUUUUAUUCUCAUGUGGGCACAUAACUGGUUUGUCGAGCUCUGUUUCAUUCUCUGAGGCAGAUGUCUUCAAAGCAAAACACACUAAUCCCACCACGAUACAGAUGAAAUCGUUGUGCAGAUGGUUCCUACUUUCAUUGAUUUCUUCUUGGGAAGAAACAGGCUUCAUUCACCACCAUCUCUCAGGCAACAACCAAAUUUUCCAACCAGAGCUAAAGAAAUUUGAAUAGUUUGAAAUCUCCUUUGCAUGUCUAGAUUGUUUGAAGCCACACACGAGCAAAGCUGCACCCUCCAAAUUCACAUACUUUGUGACACCGGCACACACAGAAGUCAGCCUUCAAAAUAAACACACUAAUCUCUGACUUUGGAAACUAUGUCAGCGCUUCCUAACGCUUGAGUUGAUUUACCUUUGAGAUAUUUGCUCUGAAUUCACAAUCUUUUCUUACAUCACACCAAAUCAGGUGCCUGGGGAGGGAGGGGCAUGACGACAGACGCUUGGGUCGCCCCCGGAGAGUUCCAGAAACACUUUCGUGUGACGUUUGUCCAGUACGCAUAAGGCUAUUCCACACAAAAUGCUUUUGUACUCUAGGAUUUAUUCAUCCUAAUCUACUGGAAAAAUCCUAAACAAAAAGUGACCAACGGGGAACAUGGGGCUGAACCAGGACAGCGAUGAGGUUUUUGCGAUUCAUGCAGUGGAACUGAGUGAAGGAACAUGAAGCAGGUGCUGCGACUGGUAACCUGAAGCCACCGUGAACACGAACCAGCUGAAACCUCUUGAGACUUUUUUUUUUUCAGCUCAUUUUUGACCCUUUUAACUUAUCUUAUAUUUUAUGUAUCAACCAGCGGAAAACUGAAGGCAGACUGGAGCCAGGAAGGAAAGUCUGUUCUUGUACAUCUCCCCCCACCUUUUAGCCCUGGAUGAAGGCUCAGAGGUGGCAGUGACAACCAAGGGAGGAAUCACUUACAAAAACGGAAACUUGUCUUCGUUUUUAACUGCUCCUGAACCAAAGGUCCACCACAUCUCACAAGAUGGAUAAGUUUCGAAUGAUGUUCCAGUUCCUCCAGUCCAAUCAGGAGUCCUUCAUGAAUGGGAUCUGUGGAAUCAUGGCGCUAGCAAGCGCACAGAUGUACUCUUCCUUUGAGUUCAGCUGUCCCUGUAUGCCGGAGUACAACUACACGUAUGGGAUUGGACUUCUGAUCAUCCCUCCCAUCUGGUUCUUCUUGUUGGGUUUCGUGUUGAACAAUAAUGUGUCGGUGCUCGCAGAGGAGUGGAAGAGGCCAACGGGGAGGCGGACGAAGGACCCGUCUGUGCUUCGCUACAUGCUGUGUUCUAUCACACAGAGAUCUCUAAUUGCUCCUGCGGUCUGGGUGUCUGUCACUCUCAUGGAUGGGAAGAGCUUCCUCUGUGCCUUCAGUAUCAACCUGGACAUUGAAAAGUUUGGGAACGCUAGUCUGGUGAUAGGAAUGACAGAGACAGAGAAGCUGAAGUUCCUGGCCAGGAUUCCAUGUAAAGACCUGUUUGAAGAUAAUGAAGUGAGAGUGGCAGCAACAAGAUACAUCAAGUGUAUUUCACAGGCAUGUGGGUGGAUGUUUCUGCUCAUGAUGACCUUUACCGCUUUUCUGAUCCGAGCCAUCCGACCGUGCUUCACCCAGGCUGCCUUUCUAAAAACCAAAUACUGGUCUCACUACAUUGACAUCGAGCGCAAGAUGUUUGAUGAGACCUGCAAGGAGCACGCCAAGAGCUUUGCUAAAGUCUGCAUCCACCAGUACUUUGAGAACAUCAGUGGAGAGAUGCAGAACUUCCACCGCCACCAGAGCAAGGACACCAGCGACGCUGAAGAAGAGGAGAAGCAGAGAAGUGAUGAAGACAAGCUGUUGGGAAUCAAGGCCCAGGAGGACAUGAACAAGGUUCUGUGGAACUGGCACACUUGCAAACCUGCUCUGGCCCUGAGAAAAGACCACUUGGAUACUGAAAGCAAUGGCAAACUAAACGGGACAAUGAACGGAGCUGUAAAUGGUUUUGCACAGGGACACACCCACGAUGUGGCAAAGAAAGAGUGGGCGGUGUAUUACAGCAAGGUCUAGAUAGUUCACAGGAAAACAGUCAAGACUGGAAACUCAGCUUUCAGGCAGUUACGAAUGUCUUUCAGCAAUGGUUCUGUUUCAGGUAUGACCUUACCGGAGCUUCAGAAGUUGUGUGCAGCACUAUAGUUUUUACAGUUUAGAUAAUGUCUGAUUUCAAUGCACAGACAUGUUUAGGAAGAAAUAGUAAAAGUGUCAUAUUUGUGUGAAAUGAAGGCCGCAGAGGGUAGCUUUUUGUCUUGUCAAUGUCAGGUGUUUUUUUUAAAGCGUUUUAUGUUAGUUCUCAUCUCACAAAGACUUUCAGUCUGUAAAGUGUUGAAGAUAUUUACAAUGUGUUUAAAACAUAUCCUAGAGUUUUAAAAUUGACCGUUUUUACAUUAAACUGAAUCAUCUGCCGUUUUGUACAAGUUCAUAAGAAGCGGAUCACUUCAUCCAAAAUCGAUUCAUCUUUCAAUGACCAAAGAGGUUUUUUGAUUGUGAGACGUCUAAUGAGAGAUGUCUUUGGAAGAAAAGAUUUUGGUGCAGAAGCAGACAUUUACUCCUCAGAUCUUAAGCACGGCAGUGGGCAUGUCAUGGUGUGGGGAUGCCUCUGUGAUGGGUUGCAAUGUAGUUUUACAAGAACAUAUCAGGCGGUUUAAGGGCGAACUUCAUUUAAUUUGAUAUCAAACCUUACAUUUUUUUGUGUUGAUGUAAAGAAUCUAGUGGGCCAACUGCCGCUCUUCCACUCUUCAGUCAGCACUGCUUGGCUUUUAGAAGACAUUUGUAUAAGCUGCAAAUGCUAAAUGAAGGUGCCACCACCUUGCCUGUCAUCUAUCAGGUAAACGCGUAUUUUCAAAAGCAGUCUUUCAGCUUCCAGCUCUGUUUCCAUUUGCGCCCAUGUUCUGUUUGUGACGGAGUAACUUGACAUAAGUACAGCCCUGAUUCUUUGGAUACUGGACAAAGUUCACGAGUAAAAAUGGAUAACUGCUUGAAGACAAAGUGAGGUCAUCUGUCUGAAAGAUAAACUCAGAGUGGACCUUUGAACGGGAUAAUGAUCCUCUGCAAGCCAGCAAAUCUGCCAGGAUCUGCUUCACACAGACGAUAUGUAAAUCUAAACACAUUUCAGUGUAUCAACCAUGAAACUCACAUCGGCAAAGCUCUAAAACGAAACAGAUCUGUUUUUGUGUUAACUCAAGGCACUUGUCAGAGAGGGUCUCUUUCAAAUGUGUUCAGGUUUCAUUCCUUCCAGUUGUGUUUUAUUCCUGUUUGACUGUGGUUGCAUUGAUCAUCAGAUGGUAUAAGGUUGUUCCAUCAGGACGACCUGCUGUCAUUUUCAGCUCUCUAGAAUUCUCCCAUCAAAUGAAGUCACCACGGCAACAGCUAAAAAUGCUAUUCCUUUGGAUGAAAACGUGUUUGAAAAAUUAAAUUAGGAAAAUGAAUCAAUGCUACACCCAUAGUUCACAGAGAAAUGGGAAAAAGGACGUUUCAUCUUUGUGAACUCCGGGCGUGGCCAUCUUCCUGACAUCAUUGCUUUUCUUCAGAAGUCAAGCCUGAAUCCAAUUCACAGUUCGUUUGUGGCUGGAUGAUGGAUUAUGUCUUGACAGAUAUUUUUAACAAUUGUCAUAAAACACAAAUUAUUAAUUCUGAAAAAAAUGAUUAAAAAUUACAGUAGUUUCUUAUUGAAUACCAUAAAUCUAGUUCUGCCAAAAUUGUUCUGCCUUUCAACCUUGAAGGCCGUGUAAAAGGCUAUGAGAAAAAAA